CAUGUGGUUGUUCAUAACAAGUUUAGUCAUUACUUCUUUCAUUUGUAAUUCCCCUGCUUAUGCUUAUGAUAACAACCCUCUACAGGACAUAUGUGUUGCUGUUAACAACUCUCACGCUUCAGUUUUUGUGAAUGGAAAGAUUUGCAAAGACCCAAAGCUUGCAACACCAAAUGAUUUCUAUUUUUCAAGUCUUAAUUUUAGUAGAGAUGUAUACCCUAAGUAUGGUAUUGCUGUAACUAUUGUGGGUGUAAAAGAAAUGCCUGGACUUAACACUCUUGGUAUUUCUACUUCUCGUGCUGACAUUGAACCACAAAGUCUUUUUCCAUUUCACAUGCAUCCUCGAGCUACUGAGCUGAUAACUGUCCUGGAGGGUACUCUGUACGUAGGAUUUCUUGUUCCUGAUCCUGUAAACUUCUUUAAGAGUCGUCUCUUCUCCAAAAUCUUGAAUCCUGGCGAUGUGUUUGUGUUCCCAAUAGGUCUUAUUCACUUCCUGUAUAAUGUGGGACACAAAAAAGCUGUUGUUUUUGGCUCUUACAACAGUCAAAAUCCUGGACUCAUCACGAUUCCUAGUUCAAUCUUUGCUUCAGAACCGCCUAUUAUGGACGACAUUCUUGCCAAAAGCUUCCAGCUGAAUAAGACAGAGAUUGCACAACUUCGAAAUAAAUUCUCUUAA